UGGCGUAUAGUUUCUCAUUCUCAUCGCCCAGUUCAGACAAGCCGGACGUGUUUUCACGCUUCUCGGUGCUCGCCAUAACAGCAUCAGGAGCACAUUUUUUAACCCUUGACAAAGUUCGUGAAAAAACUGCUCUUUUCGCCCGCAAAGCGACCCAAAUAUCCGAAAAAGUGCUGUUCAGAGUGACCGCGGCAUAAUGUCUGAUCGUGAUCGUGAUCGUUACUCUCAAGGACGCUCCCGCGCUCGUGGUUACGCAGAAGUGGGUUCUCCCCACGAUGGUCGUGGAAGUCCUGCGUCACGACCAGCCUACAGUUCGCGCGAUGAAGGUCGACCGCGGGAAUCAUCGAGGGACCAUCACCGGGAAUCAUCGUCCGGAGGAGGCCGUGAAAGAUCCGGCAAUGGCAACGGAGGUGAACGCCCGGAGCGUGGUGAGCGGCGUCAACGCAAUCGUCGCGGCGUUGGAGAUACGCUCCGAACUCGUGCCCUGGAUGCUCCCUCGAAGCACGGUACCACGGGUCAGGCCCUUCAGUUGAACAGUAACUACUUCAAACUGUUGAAGCACAUCGAGUGGACGCUGUAUCAGUAUCGGUUGGAUUUCUCGCCACAAUGCGCCAGCAUGCGUCUCAUGCAGGGGUUGGUCAACGAGCACAAGAAAAUUUUCGGAGGAUUCCUGUUUGACGGAACUCAGCUGUUCAUGGUCAACAAGCUGCGAAGCGAUCAGCUGACCUUGCAGUCGAGACACGAGCGUACCGGAGAUGUUUAUCAGCUCCGUAUCAUUCACACCGGUUCGGUGGAUAUGACCAACGAAUCCGGUAUCCAAGUGUUGAAUUUGAUUCUGCGUCGUGCUAUGGCGGGCUUGAACCUCCAGCUGGUUGGCCGUAAUCUGUUCGAUGCGGCUGCUAAGAUCGCUAUUCGCGAAUACCAGAUCGAACUCUGGCCAGGUUACAUUACCAGUAUUCGUCAGCACGAACAGGACAUCUUGGUGUGCUGUGAAAUUGCGCAUAAAACUAUGCGAAUGCAGACCUGCUACGAUAUUCUGCGUGAUUGCCAGAAGCACGAUCGUAACUACAAGGAUUCGUUCAAACGUGCCGUAUUGGGUGUCGUUGUAUUGACCGGUUACAACAAUAAGACCUACACGAUUCACGACGUUACCUUCGAGACCACCCCGGAGAGUACGUUCGAUACCAAGGCGGGCAAAACAUCGUUCAUUGAGUAUUACAAACAGAAGUACAACAUCCGUAUUCGCGAUCCCCAUCAGCCUAUGUUGCUGUCACGUGCGAAGAAACGUGACUUGCGCGCCGGAGGCAGUGAGCUGAUGGCUCUCGUUCCAGAACUGUGUCAAAUGACGGGAUUGACCGAUCAAAUGAGAUCUGAUUUCAGAAUGAUGCGCGCUAUGGCCGAUCACACUCGUCUCAACCCAGAUCGUCGUAUCGAGCGGUUGGAAACCUUCAAUCGGCGGUUGCAAACUUCGCCAGAAAGUAUGGAAGUCUUCAAGACCUGGCAGAUGGAGCUCGAUCGGCGCCUAAUCGAUCUUCCCGGUCGACUGUUGCCGCAAGAGAUGAUCUUCUUCUCAACCACAGCUAAUGGCGUACAAGCUGGAGAACAGGCAGAUUGGACGGCUCAUUUCCGAAACAAUCCCAUGUUCGCUACGGUGCGAUUGACCCGAUGGUACCUGAUCGUGCCGAACCGUGCCUCCCGCGAGGCCAACGAUUUCCUGGGCUGCAUGAUUCAGGCCGCACGUGGUAUGCGAUUCGAAAUCAGCAACUGCGAAGUGGUUACCAUUCCGGACGACAACCCCGGAACGUACGUCCGGACGUUGGAUAACCUACUGAACAAAGAUCCGCAGUUGGUGAUGUGUGUGGUGACCAACAACAAGGCCGAUCGGUACACGGCCAUCAAGAAGAAGUGCUGCGUUGAUCGCGCCAUUCCCACGCAAGUCAUGGUACAGAAAACGAUCACCCCGAAGGGUGGCAACGUGCGAACGCUCAUGUCCGUGGCCACGAAGGUCGUCAUCCAGAUGAACUGCAAACUGGGAGGUGUCCCAUGGAAGGUCAAGAUCCCACUGAACGGAUUGAUGACCAUCGGAUUCGACGUUUGUCACGAUGGAAAGGAUAAGUCAAAAUCCUUUGGAGCCAUGGUGGCCACGUUGGAUCACGAUAACAAGGGCACGCCGAAGUUCUUCUCAACUGUGAGUCAGCACACACACGGUGAAGAAAUUUCCAAUUAUCUCCCGAUCAACACCGUCAAGGCGUUGAACGAAUAUCGCAAGGAGUUUGGAGAGCUGCCCAAGCGUAUCAUCUUCUACCGAGACGGUGUCGGCGAGGGUCAACUGCACUACGUGUACGAACACGAAGUCAAAUCCAUCGUCGAGAAGCUGAACCAGAUCUACAAAUCUGCGGGAAUCGACCAGGACGUCCUGUUGACCUUCUUCAUCGUGAACAAACGUAUCAAUACACGAUUCUUCGACCAUCGCCAGAAUCCCAGACCCGGUACCGUGGUCGAUGAUGUCGUCACCCUCCCAGAAAGAACUGAUUUCUACCUUGUGUCGCAAUCGGUCCGUCAGGGUACGGUCUCCCCGACGGCGUACAACGUCAUCUACGACACUUCCGGUCUGAAGAUCGACCACCUGCAGAUGUUGUCGUACAAGCAGUGCCACUUGUACUACAACUGGUCCGGAACGACCCGUGUCCCGGCGGUAUGUCAGUACGCCCACAAACUGUCCUUCCUGGUGGCGCAGUUCCUUCACCAGGCGCCGAGCAACUUGCUCGAAAAGAAGCUGUACUUCUUGUAAACAGCUGAAAUUAUUUGCAUGGCGAAAAGCAAAAAAAAAAAUCUAGUACAUAAGUAAUUGCAGUUACUUUUUUUUAGUUAGCUAGGUAUACACGUUCUUUCCAACCAGAGAGAUAAUUUUUUUUACAUUUUGACACGUUCCCGCAGCUGUGAAUUUUUUAAACAGUUGUCAACGACCUCAGAUCAAGAUUGAGAAAACAGAAAAAUGAAGAAAAAAGAUAGUAAUUUGUAUAACUUGCAAUCUUCUUAAUCGAUGUUAAAGAAAUCCCCGCCCAGUAAUUUCUAAUUUUCCGAAAAUUUCUAAUUUUCCGAAAAAUUGUGUUUCAAAACUGCAGGACGUAUAUAUCACAGAUAACUAACCUAGACAUUACACUAUUGCAUGCUUACUCACAAAGUAAUUUUAAUCGUAUGUCACUAAGAUUUGAAUAAACGUUUGAUGACAAAUAAAGGAAAGAAA